AUGGCGCGACCCAUCUCCGCGACGUGUGGAUUCGUUCGCUGGCGUCUCUGCGGCGGAGAAUGUCUCGGUGAGAUUUUCCAUUUUUUGAAUUUGGGUCUGGGAUUUUUGUUUGAUCUGCGUUUGGGUUUCUUUGAGAGCUUCGUUGCAUCUGCGUUGGGUUUGACCGUGAGGAAGUCCUCCUUUGAGGUAGCCAGUGUGAAGGUGGAUGGAUUUGCUUGCAAGGCAGAGACGAAUGUGACAGAAGCUGAUUUCUUCUUUGCUGGUUUAGCCAAACCUGAAGUUAUCAACAACACAUUAGGAUCUUUGGUUACUAUAGCCAAUGUGGAAAAAAUUCCAGGACUUAACACAUUGGGAGUGUCUUUCUCUAGAAUAGACUAUAAAGCUGGGGUACUUAACCCACCUCACACACGCCCUCGUGCCAUUGAGAUUUUGUUUGUGUUGGAUGGUCAAUUAGACGUGGGGUUUAUCACCACAGCCAACAAGCUCAUCUCAAAGUCCAUUAAGAAAGGUGAAAUCUUUGUGUUCUCGAAAGGUUUGUUGCAUUAUCAGAAGAACAGUGGAGAUAAGCCUGCUUCAGUGCUUUGUGCUUUGAACAACCAACUUCCUGGAACAUUUUCUGUAGUUGCAGCUCUACUGCCUAAAAACCACUCUACUACCUCGAUUUAG